CUAGAUGAGAAAUUAAGAUUAAACAGGGAGAUGGGCUUUUCAGGCUAAAGGCGAGCAGAAACCGGGGCGUUCAGGUGUUCGAGCAUAUAAUGUGGGAAUUCUCCACGGCGGCAUUGUCUCUUCCACAGUUAAUCAGUCUUCAAAGCUUGUGUUGAACCAUACCUUGGCGUAUCUUCUCCUAGGCUCCUCUUUCACCUUGACCUCACUCUUCCUUCCCACCUUGACCUAAGCCGAUCCUAUCAUUGGUCAAUAUGCACUUCCACCGUCUCUUCGUCUUGGCCGCCGGGCUGCUGACAACAGCAACAUCGGCACCCACCGAGCUCUUCAAACGCGAUGCCACAGGCGUAGUAGAUGCCGUGGCAGAGAUUGCAGACAAAAUGACAACCCUGAAUACCACUGUCACGGGUUACCAAGGCGGAGUGCUUGGAACCGGAACCGCCCUUAAGAUCGAGUUCCAGUCCAUCCAACUCAGCCAUGCGCUCAAAGAUGCCAUCUCAACCACCGAAGAUUCCCAGAACUUCACCGGCGAUGAGUCCAACAAGGUGGCCGCUGCCUUUAUCGACCUGCAACCGAAGAUCUCUUCGACUCUUGACAACAUUGUCUCCAAGAAACCUCAGUUUGACACGGGACUCCUCGGCAUCGGGUCGGUCUCAUUCUUAGUGAAGUGGAACUUGCAACAGGAGAAGGACUUGUCGGCGGACCUGGGGAAGGCUGUUGUUGCUAAGUUGGCGGAGCCGUAUGCCUCGGUUGCGCCAUUGCUGAACGAUCAGAUUGCGGCUGCUUUUGAGAAGGCGCUUGCUGCUUAUAAUUAGGUGUUGGGGGAGCU